GCUGAGGGGGAUGCCAAAGCAGCAGAUAAAGCUGAUGUAUUUGUUGUAAACUUUCCAGCAUUCAGGCUUUAUUUGUCCGAGUUUGAUACUCCCCUCUGUGGGUGGAGAAGCCGAGGGACUGGCUGACGUCACCCAAAGAGCAGGGAUAAAGUGCAGUGCUGGCAGCUGCGGGAUGAGUAAAACUUCCGAAGAGGUAAUACACAAGGUCAGCUGCCCUGUCCGGCAGGUGCUCUACUGACAGCACCCUUCCUCCUACAGCUCGGCUCCUCACACAGACCCAAGGAAAAAAGAACAGUAACCAAGAAAAAACUGUCCACAAUGCCACAAAACGUUAUUCUCCAAGGACCAGCACCUUGGGGAUUCAGGCUCUCCGGAGGAAUAGAUUUUAACCAACCCUUAAUCAUAACCAGGAUUACACCUGGAAGCAAGGCUUCAGCUGCCAACCUGUGCCCUGGUGAUGUUAUUGUAGCUAUUGAUGGUCUAAGCACAGAAAGCAUGACACAUAAUGAUGCCCAGGAGAGAAUUAAAGCAGCUGCACAUCAGCUUUGUUUGAAAAUAGAGAGGGCAGGAACUAAAUUAUGGUCUCCACAAGUUUCAGAGGAUGGCAAAGCACAUCCCUUCAAGAUAAAUCUGGAAGCAGAACCACAGGAUAUGAACUACUUUGAACACAAGCAUAAUAUUCGGCCCAAACCUUUCAUAGUCUCAGGCCGAAGCAGUGGAUGCAGCACUCCUUCGGGGAUUGACUGUGGCAGUGGACGCAGUACCCCCUCUUCAAUUAGCACGGUUAGCUCUAUCUGCCCUACCGAGCUGAAAGCAGUGUCUAAGAUGGCCCCUAACAUUCCCUUGGAAAUGGAGCUUCCCGGUGUCAAGAUUGUACAUGCUCAGUUUAACACACCUAUGCAGUUGUACUCAGAUGAAAAUAUCAUGGAAACACUGCAAGGCCAAGUUUCUACAGCUCUGGGGGAAACACCUGUAAUAAGUGACCCAUCUCCAAACUCAGUGCCUCAGUCCGACGUGUACAAGAUGCUGCAUGACAACCAGGAGGAGCCCAGUCAACCUCGCCAGUCUGGCUCCUUUAAGGUGCUCCAGAAUUUAGUCUCCGAGGAAGAUGGACGCCCCAUGGGUACAAGAAGUGUGAAAGCGCCUGUAACAAAGAUACCAACUGCCAUGCCUGGUGUCCAGAAAGUGCCACUGUGUGACAAGUGUGGGAGUGGGAUUCUAGGAACAGUGGUGAAGGCACGUGAUAAAUACCGGCACCCAGAAUGUUUUGUGUGCUCUGACUGCAAUCUCAACCUGAAACAAAAAGGCUACUUCUUUGUGGAGGGCCAACUAUACUGUGAAACUCAUGCACGAGCUCGCAUGAGGCCACCAGAGGGAUAUGAAGCAGUUACCGUUUACCCAAAAUGCUAGUCUUACGUUGACACACAAAUACAUGCAUGCACACAAAAAGCCAUUAACAGCUUAGAACUGCAAUACAAGUGUCAGGACUUCUGCCUGAUUCCAAAGUAGCAGCUUUUAAACCUUUUCUUGUGGGAUUCUGAGGAAGGUGGAAGUCCCUAUUAGCCAGCAGUAGCAUAUUAUACCAGUAAAAUUCUGCUAAAAUAUUAUCUUUGAAGUUGCCAUUAUAAGUCAAUGAAGUAUAAACUAAGACAGCUGUACUGGAAUAAAAAAAGUGAAACAGCUGAGAGAUUACACAAUUACUACAGCAUAUACAUAAAUGCUGUAAGCAAGACAUUAUUUUUAAUAUAAACUAAGUGUGCAAACACCAAAGCCAUCAAAGUGUUACAGGCUGGGCCCUAACAAAUGUAGAAACUUGACAGAUCAUUAGAAAAGCGGCUAUUUUACAUGCAUAGUAAAACAAGCAGUUGUUUAUGUAUGCUUCCACCAUCUAUUAUUCAACUACCAUUAAUGUAUGCCAAAAAUAGAUUUUGCUUACUUUGCUUUGAAUUUGAGGUUAUAUUGACUUAAUUUUCUGAUGCAGCAACUGUGAUAUGGAAUAAAUAUCAAGUCAUAAAAUAAAAUGGCUAGUAUAAUAAAGACUGUUUAGUAAGAAGCAAAA